ACUGCCGAACUUGUCAUGCCACAGGGGUAGGAGAGUAGCCUUUCACCGGACUGGGUUUGGGCAUAUGCAAAUUAGCUGCAAAACAACACCUGCCCUGUUGCAUUCACUAACUUCACCUUUAAACGUAAAGCCACAAAUUUACCCUCGUGCGCUCUCGCUGGGCACUUGUUGCCAGAUCAGGAAGGCACGUUGUUUCUGCGCCCUGAGGGGCGAAGCCUUGCGAGUGUGCGUGGAUGAAGCGCGGUUCCACCUCGGCGCCGCCGGUCCAGCUGUAAGUUUCAUUUCCCUCACCUGCUCAGCACGUUCUCUCUCUCUCUCUGGCUGGGUUGUGGCGGUAGCAGCCGCCGCCACUGAAUAUUGUAACACUCAUCGGAUGCCCGGUGUAUUUGUGGACACAUAUGAAUAAUGUUCCUCAUGGAGCUUUUCCUCGUGGCUGUACUCAUUCUUCAGGCUGAAGCAGAGAAUUCUAAGGAAAGCUCUCUUCCUGCACCUAGAAACGUGCAUUUCCUGUCCGUAAACUUGCAGAAUGUCCUACACUGGGAGCGGCCUACCAGGAGAGAGUCUGGGAAGCAACUGUUCAGCGUACAUUAUAAAGUGUACGGAGAACCAGAUUGGAAGAUCAAAACUGAAUGCCAGAAUAUUACAAGAACAUACUGUGACCUUUCAAAUGAAACAGAUGAUUACAAAGAACAUUAUUAUGCCAGGGUAAGGUCUGUUUCAGAAGCUGGCUUUUCAAAUUGGAUCAGAAGUGGAAGAUUCAACCCGGAAAUGGAAACAAACUUCACUUCCCCAGAAGUAAAACUGGAAGCUGGGGUUUGUUCCAUCUCAAUCAUUUUGACACCCUCCAAAAAAUGGCAAGAUAACCAUCAUGUUCACUCUAUUCCACUCACUCAGAUUUUCCAUGAUUUAAAAUUUGAAGUGCUUGUUAUCGACAGAAAGACCAAUAAGUCGGGUAUAUUCCUUGAAAACGGUGGGAUUAAGACAGUAGAUGGACUGGAACAUGACACUACAUAUUGUGUAAUAGCCUGGUCAGUGGAAUAUUCCACCGGUAAAAAAAGUGAUCCUUCUGAAAUUCAAUGUACAACAACACCUAAAGAUCCAUCAAAACAAAUGGUAAAAAUUAUUCUGCUAGGAUGUGUUUUGCCGAUCUUCUUCUUUAUUUUUUUGUUCGUGUCGGUGUGCUGUUUUAUGUACAAAUACAUAAAUGCCAGUGAUCAGAAGCGACCCAUAAACCUGCUACAACAGGGUUGCCCAUCGAAGAAGACUUUCCUGUUUUUAUUGCCUGAAUCAUUGACCAUUAAUGUUAUGGUUCUGGAAAAUGGUGGCAAUAGAGCAUCGGUGCACAGUUGUCAAGAUGCUGAUGACUCCAAAACUCCCUUAACAAAGCAGUUUAGCAAUGAGUCUACUAAUGAAUGGGAGAUCACCUCCUUGGCAACCAAAGAUGAAAAAAAUGCUUACAAGUCCCAAAUCAUUGGAUCUCCAACAACAGAAAACCAUCCAGGUGGCAAAGGGAGUGUUGUGUUCAUGUCUGAUCAGUCCAAGCAAAGCGGUCUCUCAAAUGAAAAGAAAAUCUUGCAAGGAGACAUUGCAAUGGAGAACACCAGUUGUUCACAGGAGCUGCAGAACAUUCAUCAGUUAAGUGAAUCCCUACAAGCAGGGUACAAAUCUCAAAUGCCAUCACCAAUUCUAAUCAAUGAGGAGGUGCAGGACCAUGUUGAGUAUGGGUUUCUCACAACAGAUACACAUCUGAACCCAAAAUAUGAACCAAGCCUCCAUUCAUCAAGCGGGGAGGCUGAGAGUCCACAGGAGAUGAGUUACCUGUUACAACCUCUUGCCCAUGAUCUGAACAUGAAGACCUCGGGGAACAACACUGACUGGGCUAAAGUCGGAUCUUACAAAGCUCAACAGGGAAGAGUUUGUCUGUCGAAAAUGGCACUGGAACAAGAACACAUUAACUAUAAGUCGCAGUUUCAACUACAGCCAGCUGGACAGCCUCCAGUGGAUGUUGGUGACCAUUGUCCCAUUGUAUUAGAUACCAACAGACUGAAUCAAAAACAUCAGAAAGAGAUGGAGGAGCCAGAUGACUGGAGCCUCAAUAAUUGCAAACUGACCUUAUCUGCAUUAUGUGUUAGGAGAGAUUUGGAGGAAAGUGGUUUCCUGUCAGAAACUAUAGAGCAACAGAGUGAUUUUCUGUCCUCUGUCUGUACAAAAACUUCUCAAGAUGUGUACUUAAAAACUGAAGAAGAAACCUGUUUAUCAAGUUUCCAGGAACACUGGGGACUGUGCGUACAAGUAUAGUAAUGUGUACACAAGAGCCUCGUGUGUUUCUUGCAACAUAUUGCAUCGCUCUAUAUCUCCUCUAUGUCCUGUUGUUGUUCAUCAUUCACUGCUAUCUCACUUCUUUGGCUGGAAGAGUAACCAAACAGUUUUCUCCUUAGCCUCUUCCACCCCUUAGGCGAGUCCUGGGACACACGGCACACCAGAAGUCAGGAACCUGGUGGCUCAUGGGAAAGAAGAUGCAAUGUAAAUUGUCACAACUGCUGGUCAGCAGAGAUGAAGUCUGUGAAAUUGAGCUUCUUUUUCCUAUUGCAUUUCAUUUCUGAUGCUUUUUAAUGUCAAUGCUAACCCAAACAUAAUGGAAAUGUGUAUAGCUGUUACCUCUCUCCUUGUUACACCGUCCAAAGUGGGAGCUUUGAAUACACAAGCCAAAUCACCAUCAUUAUCAGUAACUAACAUUCUACCCAGACAUAAGUGCAAAGCAACAGAAAGAUGUAACCAUAAUCAAUUACAAUGGAAAUGUUUAGUUGUCAGUUCACAGCACUGCCAACAUCAGCCUUGGAGGAAACCCUUUGGCACAGAAAUAUCAUGGAGUUCACUGGAAGCAGAAUAUGGAAGGAGAUCAGGCAAUACAUUCCUUCCAAUAUCGUUAUGGAGCAGAAUAAAUGGCUUCAGAAAUAAAAAAGCAUUAAAAGUAGUUGCAAUGUAAGAAAACAGGGAAACAGGACAAAAGUAAAAUUGAUGGAAAUGUGCCACUUUAAGAUGCUCCAGAUGCGAGUGCCCCUCCUCCUUUAACUUAAACAACCUCUAAUUACAAGAUGUUGGAAGGGAGUUGGUUUAUGCUAUGGAAGACUGGAGUUUAACCUCUGUACACUUGCACCGGGAAACAACAUCCAAGGACUUUUUGCUUACUGCCCUUAUGGAGGAGAGAAUAUUUUCCGUUUUCAAACUUGAAAAUCAAUCCUACAUUAUAAUACGCCGUUAGACCAAUAUGUUACACAAACGGACAGUGUCAAUAUAGACAAUGCAUCACAUUAAAACUGUUGAAAAGUAUUUUUAUAUGUGCAGAAUA